AUGUCACAGUGAUGAUGGAGACUGCAGCCCUAGUAGUUCCUAUCACCGCUCUGGAGUUCCUAAGGGAGGAGUACCUGCUGACAGGUAGGGUAUCCCUGGCUAGUUACAGAAUUAUAACGUGAUAUGUGAUUUCUUCAUACAGCGUUACAGUUUGGCUAAUGGAAAGCGCCUGAACCCAUUUUUCAAAUAACCAGUUCUUGUCGAUACUUUCUUCGUUUUCGAUUAUAAAGAAUAGUGUAUCUUUUAAAUGUCCGUGUCCAGCAGAUAAGCUCGAAGUGAUUUUAAUUUUGGAAAUCUGUUCCAAAGUAUUCCCACACAUAAUAAAGAGAUGCAUGUGAUCAUAUACAUAUGUAAGCAAGGUUUGAAAUGAUUAUGUUUUAUUUAACCUUUAUUUAACCAGGUAAGCCAGUAGAGAACAAGUUCUCAUUUACAACUGAGACCUGGCCAAGAUAAAGCAAAGCAGUGCGAUAAAAACAACAACAACACAGAGUUACAUAUGGCAUAAACAAAACGUACAGUCAAUAACACAAUAGAAAAUCUAUAUACAUAUAUAAAUCUAUAUACAGUGUAAAAUAAAAAUAACAAAUGUGCAAAUGUAGUAAGUUAUGGAGGUAAGGCAAUAAAUAGGCCAUAGUGUAAAAUAAUUACAAUUAUAAUUUAGUAUUAACACUGGAGUGAUAGAUGAUGUGCAGAAGAUGAUGUGCAAAUAAGCAAAAUAAAUAACAAUGUAAAUAACAAUAUGGGGAUGAGGUAGUUGAGUGAGCUAAUUACAGAUGGGCUGUGUACAGGUGCAGUGAUCGGUAAGCUGCUCUGACAACUGAUGCUUAAAGAUAGUGAGGGAGAUAAGUAUUUCCAGCUUCAGAGAUUUUUGCAGUUCGUUCCAGUCAUUUGCAGCAGAGAACUGGAAGGAAUGGCGACCAAAGGAGGUGUUGGCUUUGGGGAUGACCAGUGAGAUAUACCUGCUGGAGCGCAUACUACGGGUGGGUGUUGCUAUGGUGACCAAUGAGCUAAGAUAAGGCAGGGAUUUGCCUAGAACGGAUUUAUAGAUGACCUGGAGCCAGUGGGUUUGGCGACGAAUAUGUAGUGAGGGCCAGCCAACGAGAGCGUACAGGUCACAAUGGUGGGUAGUAUAUGGGGCUUUAGUGACAAAACGGAUGGCACUGUGAUAGACUACAUCCAAUUUGCUGAGUAGAGUGUUGGAAGCAAACUUGAGUAGAGUGUUUAGUCAAAUAUGAUAUCUGUUUGGGCUUCUUGCGGUCAAUUUGCAGUCUACAAAUUAUUUGUAAUUAUGUUCUGGCCCCCUGACCAUCCACUCAAGAAAUAAUCGGCCCGUGGUUGAUGAUACAUGCUUUACACAAGCUACGUAUCAAUGGCUUUCGUCCAGCUGGAACAGCUAGCAAUAGUCGGACUAGCCAGUGAUUUAUUAGCCAAUCCCUGGCUAGACAAUACAAGACCGUCCUUACUGCCUUGUCAAAGCUGGUAGGCAUAUUCACAGUCAUUUUCAACCUCUCCUUGUCCCAGUCUGUAAUCCCCACAUGUUUUAAGAUGACCACCAUCAUUCUUGUCCCCAAGAACUCUAAGGCUUCAUUCCACAAUUACUACCGCCCUGUAGCACUCACUUCUGUAAUCAUGAAGUGCUUUGAGAGGCUGGUUAUGGCACACAUUAACUCCAUCAUCCCUCACCCACCUACAUAAGAGGAAUACCUAUGUGAGAAUGCUGUUCAUUGACUACAGCUCAGCAUUCAACACCAUUGUCCCCUCCAAGCUCGUCACCAAGCUUAGGACUCUGGGUCUGAACACCUCCCUCUGCAAGUGGAUCCUGGACUUCCUGACGGGCCGACCCCAGGUGGUGAGGGUAGGCAACAUCACCUCCACCACGCUGACCCUCAACACAGGGCCCCCACAGGGGUGUGUGCUUAGUCCCCUCCUGUACUCCCUGUUCACUCACGACUGCAUGGCCAUGCACGACUCCAACACCAUCAUCAAGUUUGCUGACGAUACGACGGUGGUAGGCCUGAUCACAGGCGAUGAUGAGUCAGCCUAUAGGGAGGAGGUCAGUGACCUGGCAGUGUGGUGCCAGAGCAACAACCUCUCCCUCAACGUCAGUAAGACCAAGGAGCUGAUCGUGGACCACAGGAAAGGGGGGGGGCGAGGAAGCCCCCAUCCACAUCGACGGGGAUGAAGUGGAGCAGGUCGAGAGUUUCAAGUUCCUCAGUGUCCAAAUCACUAAAGACUUAAAAUGGUCCAAACACAUGUGCACUGUUGUGAAGAAGGUGCAACAGCGCUUCUUCUUCCUCAGGAGGUUGAAAAAGGGCCCUCAAAUCCUCAACAAGUUCUACAGCUGUACCAUUGAGAGCAUCUUGACUGGCUGCAUUAUUGCUUGGUAUGGCAACAGCACCGCCCUCGAUCACAUGGUGCUACAGAGGGUGGUGUGGACAGCCCAGUACAUCACUUGGGCCGAGCUCCCUGCCAUCCAGGACAUCUAUAUCAGGCGGUGUGGAAGGAAGGGCCCGGAAAAUUGUUAAAGACUCCAACCACCCAAGCCACAGACUAUUCUCUCUGCUUCCGCAUGGCAAAGCGGUACCGGUGCAUCAAGUCUGACAUCAAAAGGCUCUUGAACAGCUUCUAUCCCCAAUCAAUAAGACUGAUAAAAAUGUAACAAAAUAGCUACACAGACUAUCUGAGUUAACCUAGCAUCUUUAUUGACCUUUUAUUUUUUUGCACUGUCUCUAUGCACACUCACAGGGCAAUACACACUUGCAUACACAUUCACUCCAUCUGCUCACUCACACAUAAUAUGCACAUAUAUUUAUACUGACUAUACACACUCCCACUCACAUACAAGCUGCUGCUACUCUGUUUAUCUUAUAUCCUGUUGCCUAGUCCCCUUACCCCUAUACAUAUCUACCUCCAUCACGCCAGUAUCCCUGCACAUUGUAAAUAUGGUAUUGCAACUGACCCUGUAUAUAGUAUGCUUACUUACUUAUCGUGUUCUUCAUAUUUCUUCUUAUUUCUCGAGUGUUUUUUCUAGUAUUACAUUGUUAUUGAUUAUUGCAUUGUUGGGUUUUGAGUUUGUGACAUUAGAAACACUAGCAUGACCAAUCUGAUCUGGGCCAUGUUCCAAAUACUUAUAAAUUGCAUCCUUCCUCUCUUCCUUUGUCCCUUUCUAUGUUCUGUCAUUAAGUUUGAUUAGAUAUUUGACAUGUGCAUGCGUCCAUACAGGUGAGGGUCCGAUCCUGACAGUGUACAGCCUCCAAUCUCAGCCCAAAGCCUUCACCUCACUGAGCGUGCUCCUCAACUACCGCAUCCAUGGGAUUCGUCCCAAACCACAGACAGGAAAUAGACGGACCAGUGACCCAGAGGAUGAUGUGGUAGUGUUUGGGGGGAAGGCUGUGCGCCUGCUGAGGCUGAGUGCUGGAGGGCAGAGGCUGGAGCUGCUGGGCCCCCUCAUGGAGCUGCAGGACUGGGCCCUGGAUGUCCGCUGGGUCUCUGGAGAGAAAGGGCUACUCGGCGUGGCUCUGGCCCACAAUGCUGCUCUGUUGCUGGACCCUGUUGAGGGCCGCGUUCCUGGCCCUCUGCUCUUGCCAGGAGGGGUGUUUGCUGUACACCGCCCUGCUUCUGGGUGGGACCUGGGAGGACACUGUCCUGGUGGGGGGGACCGUGUUCAACCAGCUGGUGCUCUGGAGGCCAGGAGUGGCACAGCCAGACGGGAAGGCCCCAGUGGAGAGGCGUCUGCCAGGUCACAGUGGUGUUAUCUUUAGCCUCUGUUACCGCCGGGAGACUGGCUGGCUGGCAUCCGCCUCGGACGACCGCAGUGUGAGGGUCUGGGGGGUGGGGGACCUGGGGGGUGCUGGAGGAGGGUGUGGAGACCCCAGCCCGACGUGUCUGCGGGUGCUGUAUGGACACCAAGCCAGGGUUUUCUCCGUCAAGCUGUCCCCUGGACGGGUGUACAGCGCUGGGGAGGACGGGGCCUGUCUGCUGUGGGACUGGGGAGGUGGGGGGAGGGUGGCUCGGACACUGAAAGGCCACCGGUCCGGGGGGGUGAGGGCACUGGCGGUCAGUGAAGGAGGGGAGGGCCGGGGCAGGUGGGUGGCCACCGGAGGGGCAGAUGGAGGGAUCCGCCUGUGGCGGGUGGGGGGUGAGGAGGAGAAGGGGGAGGCUGAGCAAGGGGAAGCGGAGAGCCUGGUGGACCUGGGCUUCCAGGGCCGAGGCGUGCCGAAAGUGGUUGGUGUGGUGGGGGACGGGCACUGGAUCCAGGGCAGGGUGGUGGUGAACACAGACCAUGGGGAGGUCUACCUCUAUGAGGGGGGGCAGUGGGGUCUCCUAUGGGAGGGGGGUCCUGAGUUCCAGUCCUACUGUGUGAUGGUGGUGCUAAAGGUGAGGGGUUGGGGGGCUGCUGCGUCCAGGGAGGGGCUGUGUGCUGUAGGCAGCCUCAGUGGAGGAGUGCAGGUCUUCCCCCUGUCUCAGCCUGGCGCGGGGGUGUUGCUGAGGGCAGGGCCAGGGAAAGUCCACAGUGUGCUGUGGGUGAAGGGCCAGGCAGAGGGGCAGAGGCAAGGGGGGUACCUGCUGGCAUCCGGAGCAGAGGGGCUGGUCCAUCGUUGGCAGGUGGAGGUAGAGAUGAGAGACACUGGACUGGCUCUCAGGGUGGAACCACUCUCUCCUCUCCUUCUGCCUCCCUGUGCCAAACGCUGGCUCACUGCUGUAGUUUACCUCAACCGCCCACAGGGGGCACUGUGGGUAUGUGGAGACAGGAGAGGAUCACUGCUGCUGUUUGAAGAGAGUGAACACCAUCAAGAGAAGAAGAGGGGAGAUGGAGAAGAGCACGAGGAUGAAGAGAUAGGAAGAGAGGCACAUAAUGGGAUGGUUGGAAGCAAUGAUGAAAAGGGGGAUGUGAUAGUCAGAGAGGGGGGUGAGGAGAGAGAGGCCAGCAGGGCAGGGCUGACCCUCCAGCCUGUGAGCUCUCUGUUUGGGGUGCACGGGAAGCAGGGGGUGACGUGGGUGUGUGAGCACCGGGGGCUGCUGUACAGUGCGGGGAGAGAUGGCUGUGUGAGGGUCCUCCGUGUCGGACCAGAGGGACUGGAGGUUUUGAGGGUCCAGCGGGCCUGCAAGGGGAUGGAGUGGCUGGAGAGAGUUCUGCUUUUGGAUCCCCAGGGCUCAGAAGAGGACCAGAGGGUCCAGGAACCAGAAGGGACUGGGAGUGGGAAAGAGGCCCGCUUUGUGAUCGUGGGCUUCCACUCGGUUCACUUUGUGGUGUGGGACCCUGUGAGGCAGGAGAGGCUGCUGUCAGUGCCCUGUGGAGGAGGCCAUCGGUCCUGGAGCUACUGCCCCCACCAGGAUGGCCUCUCUAUGGGCCAGGGGGCACUGGUGUUCAUCAAGCAGGGGGUGGUCCUGGCCUCUGAACCCUCUGGUGAGGCACCCAGCCGGGCAGGGAGCCUGGGCCUGAGACAGGGGCUGCACGGCAGGGGAGUGGGCUGUGUGUGUCGCUUGGGGAUGGUGGGGGAGGCUGGAGAGGGCCACUGGGAGGUGCUGGUGACCGGAGGAGAGGACACCAGCUUGACCGUCCUGGCGGUCCGACCGCAGACGGGCGCAGUCAGAGUGCUGUCGGUCAUCACCGACCACAUCUCGAAUGUUCGGACUCUGGCAUCAGUCAAACGUUUGGAUGGAAGGACUGACAGAGGGACAGAUGAACAGACAGCAACACAGUCCCUCUCUGCACUGCUGGUAUCUGCAGGUGGGCGGGCACAGAUGCAGUGCUACCGGCUGCUGAUUGGAGAAAAUGGACAGUUAGGCUUGCCCUCCUGUCAGGUGAUACAGGUGGCCAGCCACCGAUUGGACGAUCAGUGGGAGAGAAUGCGGAACCGACACAAGACUGUGAAAAUGGACGCAGAAACCAGGUGAGUGUUUGAACUUGUACUUUAUAUAAAUGCUUUCUUUCAUUCCAAGAUAUCCUCUUACUUUCUACCAGAACACACCAACACACAGAUACUGUCUUGCAGCUGCUCUCACAAGCACAAUCUGUUGUUUUACUCUGCUGUUUGUGUUUGCAGGUACAUGUCCAUUGCCGUGGUGGAUGAUGGGACAGAGUCAGUCCUCCUGGCAUUGGCCUGCAGUGAUGGAGCUGUGAGGUAAGCGUGUAAUACACAAUCAUUAUUUUACCAGUCAAAUUCAUGCGGUACACGCAAAAGAUUAUGACCUAGUGUUUUUAUUGGACCCCUUUCCUAAAAUAUGUCUGUGUCUCUCUCUCUCUCUCUCUUCUGUCUCUCUGUCUUUCUCUCUUUCUCUCUCCGUGUUUCUCUCUCCUUUCUCUCUCUCUCUCUCUCUCUCUCUCUCUCUCUCUCUCUCUCUCUCUCUCUCUCUCUGUCUCUCUGUCUUUCUCUCUCUCUCUCUUCUGUCUCUCUGUCUUUCUCUCUCUCUCUCUCUCUCUCUCUCUCUCUCUCUCUCUCUCUCUCAGGCUCUUCUCAGUCAGUGAGGUGAGGGGGAAGUUUGAGCUCCUGUGGGAGAGUUUCCACCACCAGAGAUGUGUACUCAGCAUCGCCACCUGCAGCCUGGAGGAUGGACAGGGCAAUCGGUGAGGCACUGGGGGGGCUGACGGCUCACGUCAGGUGGCAAAGCCAACACAUCCUCAUUAAAGAAGAUGCAAUUCAUGUUCUGAAUAACCAACAUUUUCCCGCAUCAUCAUUUUGACCUCAUCAUAAUAACAUCUGCCUAACAUUCUCUCACCCGUCUGUCUCCCUCAGAUGUGUGUUCCUCUUCAGCGCAGCCACAGAUGGAAGGAUAGCAGUGUGGGAUAUGAGCACCAUGGCCAACUCAGAAGACAAGCCCCAUACUGUGGCCCUAGCCCCAACCAGCCCCUGUCUAACAGUCCCCGCCCACCAGAGUGGAGUCAACACCCUGGCCGUAUGGGAGGAGGGCCUGGGGGCGGGACAUACAGACGGAGCCCGGAUAACAUUGGCUAGCGGAGGAGAUGACGGACAGCUGUCAGUGGCACUCAUCAGGGUGCAGUACCUGGGGGAGGAGGUAGAGGGCAGCAGAGUGUAUCUACAGCUCCAGUCUCAGUGGUCAGUGGCUUUAGCCCACGCUGCCCCUCUGACCGCCCUGAGGAUGCUGAGCCCAGGCCUGUUAGUGUCCACAUCCCCUGACCAGAGGGUGUGUCUGUGGAAGCUGGCCAGUACCGGACUCAGCCAACAGGGAGCGCUCAUCUCCCAUGUGGCAGAUGCAGCAGGGCUGGAGGUGUGGAUUGGGGCUGAUGCUGGGGUUGGGUCUGUGUGUGGGGACAGGGGCUGGGUAGUUGUCUGUGGACAGGGGUUACAGCUGCUGAAGGUGACAGACAUGGAGGAUGGAGGGAACAGAGAAGAUAAAACUAAAAGAAAGAGAUGUGUGGGAGGGAGGGAGGAAGACAAGAUAACAUGA